AUGGUGGCCGCCAAGAGAAAAAACACACAAACAGAGGAAGGUGAAAUCUUCUCGUCUUGUUCUUUCUCCAGCCUCGGCCUUCACUCAAACUUAUGCGAGCAGCUCGAAGAAAGGUUGGGCUUCAAAGCUCCAACUCUGGUGCAAGCUCAAGCCAUCCCUGUAAUUCUCUCCGGCCGCCAUGUGCUUGUGAAUGCGGCUACGGGCACAGGCAAAACGGUGGCGUAUUUGGCUCCGGUUAUCCAACACUUGCACUUGUACCAACCUCGAAUUCAGCGCUCCGAUGGCACUUUCGCGUUGGUUCUUGUGCCAACGCGAGAGCUGUGUUUGCAGGUUCAUGAAAUCCUGCACAAGUUACUGCACAGGUUUCAUUGGAUUGUCCCUGGUUAUGUAAUGGGAGGUGAAAACAGGAACAAGGAGAAGGCCAGGCUGCGCAAAGGCAUAUCAAUUCUUGUUGCAACUCCUGGACGACUCUUGGAUCACCUGAAGAAUACAUCAUCGUUCUUGCACACAAAUUUGCGUUGGAUUAUCUUUGAUGAAGCAGAUAGAAUUUUGGAAUUGGGAUUUGGAAAAGAAAUAGAGGAAAUACUAGAUCGUUUGGGUUCAAUGCAACAUGGCUCUGCCACUGAGGAUAGUGUUGUUUCAACUAAAUACGAGUUUCAGAGGCAGAAUUUGCUAUUAUCAGCGACCUUAAAUGAAAAAGUCAAUCAUCUUGCGAAAAUGAGUUUAGAAAAGCCUGUUAUGAUUGGCAUGCCUGAGAAAAAGACGCAGUCAAUUGCACAUGAGCAUUUAGGAUCUGACACAGAUGAUGAACCACAACCUUCAGUAAAGACAACAGGCUCUUUUAAUGAAGAUUAUAAACUUCCAGCUCAAUUGACCCAGAGAUAUGUAAAAGUACCAUGUAAUGCACGGCUUGCUGUACUUCUUUCCAUUCUAAAACAUCUUUUUGAGCGAGAAACUUCCGAAAAGAUUGUGCUAUUCUUUUCAACAUGUGAUGCAGUGGAUUUUCACUACUCCUUGAUAAGUGAGUUCCAAUUCAGACCUCACUCAGGACUAGAAGCAGAACUUAAGCAGAUGUUUGUUAGAUGUAAGACCUUUCGAUUACAUGGGAAUAUGAAGCAGGAGGAUCGAAGAACUGCUUUUGAAACCUUCAAAAAAGAAAAAUCGGCUCUUCUGUUGUCCACAGAUGUUUGUGCUAGAGGUUUGGAUUUCCCGAAAGUAAAAUGUAUCAUACAAUAUGAUUCUCCAGGCGAGGCUACUGAAUAUGUUCAUAGGGUUGGAAGAACCGCUCGGCUUGGCGAAAGAGGAGAUUCAUUGUUAUUUUUACAGCCAAUUGAAAUGGAUUAUUUGAAAGAGUUGGAGAAACAUGGUGUUUCCCUACAAGAGUAUCCCCUCCUCAAAGUAUUAGAUAGUUUUCCACUAUUUGGUCAUAAGCAUGUCAGGAAGUUUCUUUCCAUUGACUCACAUCCUUGGGUGAUGUCUUUGCAAAAGGCACUUGAAGCAUUUACAGAGAAGCCAGAUACGAAGACACUGGCCAAAAACGCAUUUUGCUCUUGGGUUCGUGCAUACACUGCCCAUCGUGGUGAGCUGAAAAGAAUAUUUAUGGUGAAGAAACUUCACUUGGGACAUGUUGCAAAAAGCUUUGCCUUGAAAGAACAACCUUCCUUGGUUGGUAAAUCAUUCCAGAAUCAAGUAAAGAAGAGGAAGAGGGAUGAAAAGCAAAAGGGAUUAUCAAGAAAGAGGAAGGUUUUCAGGAAAACAUGA